AUGAAGGUGACUGAAUUUGGAACUCUUGGACAAGGUAACAAGACUAUAGCAGAGUAUGAAGCUCAAUUUGCAGAACUUGCUCGGUUUGCACCUCAUAUGGUGGAUACAGAUUAUAAGAAGGCACGAAAAUUUGAAAGGGGAUUACGGAAUGCUAUCCUAGAUAAAGUCAACAUGUUAAAACUACCUACCUAUGUGGAUGUGUUGGAGAGGGCUGUUAUAGCAAAGGGAAACCUUGCUGCUCAGAGUCGGAUUUCUGAAUGGAGAGGAAAACGGCAGAAUAAUCAAUUAUCAAGGGGGUCGAGUGCUCCACCAAAUAGGAAGCAAAAUCCAGGGAUCUCCAACCCUACCACUUCUACUCAAGAUUCAGCCCUUGUGUGUUCAGAAUAUGGAAGGAGGCACCGUGGGAUUUGUCACCGAUUAACGGGAGCAUGUUUUCGAUGUGGCAAGACGGGUCAUUUCUUAAAGGAUUGUCCUCAAAUGAAUCAACAGAAUAACAAUAAAACUGUCACCAGUUCAGUAGGGUCUGCACCAACUUCCAACACCAAGUCGGUUACCAAACCUACUAACAGUAAAGAUACUACGAGACAAGGCAGGGUGUUUGCAUUGGUUCUGGGGGAUGUGCAAAAUGCGGCGACAAUAGUGUCAGGAAUGGACUGGUUGAGUGAAUACGGUGCCACUAUAGACUGUUUGACUAAGCAAAUCAGUUUCCAUCCUCCGGGACAAUCAGAGUCUACUUUUCAGGGACAGGGAGUGACUUCUCCACCUUAUUUGAUUUCUGCAGCAAAGGCAUGUAAAUUAAUUCAGAAAGGGUGUUAG